AUGAUGACAAACCAGAAGCACCUUCUAUCUUUCUGCUUCAUUCUUUCGUUGGCCAGGCUUGGGAGUAUCCAGCUUUCAAUGGCAAAGGAGGUGAUACGAAUACCAGUCGGGGUAGUUCUGGACUUGAAUUCCUCGGUUGGUGCGAUUGCAAAGAGCUGUAUGACCAUGGCACUCUCAGAUUUUUAUGCUAAGCAUGCUCAUUAUCGAACAAGGCUUGAUCUUCGUACCCGGGAUUCAGCGGAUGAUAUUGUUACUGCAGCAUCUGAAGCCUGGUAUAUGAUGAAGAAAGAAAAAGUGCAGGCCAUUAUUGGACCUCAAAGGUCAGCAGAAGCGAAGUUUGUGAUGGAGCUUGGCAGAAAGGCUAAGGUUCCCAUCAUUUCAUUCUCUGCCACCAGUCCCUCUCUUUCUCCAUCUCGUAGCCCAUUUUUUGUCCGGACAGCCUUUGACGACUCUGCUCAAGUAAAAGCCAUAGCUGCCAUCAUUGAAGCUUAUAGCUGGUUGGAGGUUGUUCUCGUCUAUGAAGACACCGAUUAUGGCAAUGGUUUAAUUCCAUAUCUGGUGGACGCUAUACAGGAGGUUGGUGCUCGAGUACCUUACAGAAGUGUCAUUCCUCCAUCUUCUAAUGAUGCUGAAAUUCUAAGGGAGCUUGGCAGGUUAAACUCAAAUUCAACAAGAAUAUUUCUGGUGCAUAUGACUGCCUCCCUUGGGUCCAAAUUCUUUAUACUAGCAAAUAAGGCAGGUAUGAUGAGUGAAGGGUAUGCAUGGAUUGUCACCGAUGGGUUAUCAACUUUUUUAGAUCCUGUGAAUUCGACAACCAUGGAUUCAAUGGAAGGUGUGUUGGGAGUAAGGCCAUAUAUCCCAAUGACAAAAGAUCUUGAAGACUUUCAGUCAAGAUGGAAACAACCAAACAAGAUGACUGCAGGCCUAAACCUCUUUGGAUUAUGGGCAUAUGAUACAGUUUGGGCACUGGCAAUGGCGGUGGAGAAAGUGGGAACAACAAGUUCUAGGUCUAUGAAACAAAACACAAGUAGAGUCAUUAAUCUUGCAAGCUUGGAAACCAGUAACAUGGGUAAAAAUCUUCUUGAAACAAUCCCAAGUUCAAAAUUUCAAAGCCUAAGUGGGAAUUUCCAGUUGGUCAAGGGACAGUUAGAACCUUCAACCUUUGAGAUAUUCAAUGUGAUUGGCAAUAAAGAAAGGAUUAUUGGAUAUUGGAUUGACCAACAAAAAGGGCUGUCAAGGCAGCUCAAGUAUGACAAUAGCGAAGCAGAAAAAUCUGAUGUAAAGAGAAGACUCAAGCAACCAAUUUGGCCAGGGGACACUACAGACCAACCUGCAACAAAGAAACUGAGGAUUGGAGUUCCAAUGACAGAAGGUUUUAAAGAAUUCCUAAAAGUGGAAAACAAAAAUAUAUCGGGAUUUGCUGCUGAUGUCUUCUUUGCUGCACUGGCUAAACUACCAUUUCCGCUUCCCCAUGACUUCUUUUGCUUCAAAGGGACAUAUAAUGAUCUUCUUUACCAAAUCAAAGCUGGGAAGUAUGAUGCUGUGGUGGGAGACACAACAAUUGUAGCUAACCGCUCAUUGUAUGUAGAUUUUACAUUGCCCUAUUCAGAGUCAGGAGUGUCAAUGGUAGUUUUGGUGGAAAAUAAUGAAAGAGACAAUAUUUGGAUUUUUUUGAAGCCGUUAAGUUUGGAUCUUUGGCUGACAACUGGGGCAGCCUUCAUAUUUACAGGUUUUGUGAUAUGGGUUCUUGAACACCGGGUAAACUCCGAGUUUAGAGGUCCACCACAACAACAACUUGGCGUGAUAUUUUGGGGAGAAAGUGGUGAACAAUUGGUCAAGAUUAGUGCUUAUCAUUUGGGUUUUUGUGGUUCUUAUCCUGACACAGAGUUACACUGCAAGUUUAGCUUCAAUGUUAACAGUGCAGAGAUUGCAGCCUGUAUUUACUGA